AUGAAACUGGAGGAUGAAUACCGCCUCCACCAGGAGGCGCUCCCGAGAGAGGAUAAUAUAGACUGAUGGCUACAAGAAUUCCCUUCGGUUUGGGCAGAGACGGGGGAGAUGGGACUAGCCGCUCACAGGACCCCAGUCCUGGUAGAGCUCAAGCCAGGAGAGAGUCCGGUAAGGCUCAAACAAUACCCCAUGUCUCAGGAGGCCCGGAAGGGGAUCCAGCCACACAUCCGGAGACUACGAAGCCUAGGGGUACUAGUUUCUUGCCAGUCUGCCUGGAACACCCCCCUACUGCCGGUCAAAAAGCCUCAAACAAAUGACUACCGACCAGUACAAGACCUCCGGGAAGUAAAUAAGAGGGUCGCGGACAUACACCCAACUGUUCCCAACCCAUAUACUCUCUUGAGCUCCUUGGCGCCCUCCAGGGUCUGGUAUACUGUACUAGAUUUAAAGGAUGCCUUCUUCAGUCUGCCGCUGGCACCCCAGAGCCAACCCUUGUUCGCCUUCGAGUGGCAUGAUCCGGAGGAGGGCUACAGUGGGCAACUCACCUGGACACGGCUACCUCAGGGAUUCAAAAAUUCACCCACCAUCUUCGACGAGGCACUACACGAGGACCUGGGUGCUCCACUACAUGACUGUGUGGGAAUCCUGGAACAAGUACAUGGAUUCCGGACGGAACUGACCGACCGGCCCCUCCCCAAUGCCGAGGCUACUUGGUUCACUGAUGGCAGCAGCUUUGUGCGAGAUGGACACAGGUAUGCGGGUGCAGCGGUGGUCACCGAAACGGACACCGUAUGGGCGGAGGCUCUACCCUCCGGAACAUCAGCCCAGCGGGCGGAGCUCAUAGCCCUCACCAAGGCACCGAUGCUGGGAGCUGGAAAAUGGCUUAACAUCUACACAGACAGCCGUUAUGCAUUUGCCACAGCUCAUAUUCAUGGGGCAAUUUAUCAGGAGAGGGGGUUACUGAUGGCAGAAGGACGGACUAUAAAAAAUAAGCAAGAGAUACUUAACCUGCUCAUGGCCUUAUGGCUUCCUGCCAAGCUAGCCAUUAUCCACUGCCAAGGGCACCAAAAAGCUGAUAACCCAGUAGCUAGAGGUAAUCAAAAGGCUGACCAGGCAGCCAAGGCAGUAGCCCUUACUUCAGUCCCCACCAUGACCAUACAACUACCGGAUCCGGGAGACCCAGUUUUACCAGACCAGACCAAAUACUCCCAGGAGAAGUUACAGUGAAUCAAGAAACUCCCCAUGGACCAGGAGAUAAAGGGAUGGUGGUAUACACCUAACAAGGAGCUCGUGCUGCCAGACCGGCUCAGAGUCUCAAUAUUAGAGCACAUGCAUCGGUCUACUCAUAUGGGGGCCCGAAAAUUAAAAGACUUAAUCUGACAUGCCAGAAUCAAGAUUCACCAACAGGACACCAAAAUAG